GACUCUCCCUCUUCCAGCCCGGCUAGGCGGCGUGAUGGACACUCCCCCGCUCUCAGGUUCCGACUCGGAUUCGGAUUCGGAGGAGUCUCUCGUCACGGACAAAGAGUUGCAGGACGCCUUUUCCGCGGGACUCCUGAAACCGGGCCUCAACGUGGUCCUCGAGGGCCCCAAGAAGGCGGCCAACGACGUGAAUGGCCUGAAGCAUUGUCUGGCCGAAUUCAAGCGGGAGCUGGAGUGGGUCGAAAGACUCGAUGUGACUUUGGGGCCCGUGCCUGAAGUCGGCGGAUCCCAGCCCGCCCCUCAGAACCAGGAUCUGAAGAAAGCCGUGGACCCAGAAGAUGACUUCCAGCGGGAGAUGAGCUUCUACCGUCAGGCCCAGGCCGCAGUGCUUGCAGUAUUGCCCCGACUCCAUCAGCUCAAAAUCCCUACUAAGCGGCCCACUGAUUACUUUGCAGAGAUGGCCAAAACUGACCAACAGAUGCAGAAGAUUCGACAGAAGCUGCAGGCUAAACAGGCUGCCAUGGAGAAAUCUGAAAAGGCCAAGCAACUACGAGCACUUAGGAAAUAUGGAAAGAAGGUACAAACAGAGGUCCUUCAAAAGAGGCAGCGGGAGAAAGCACAUAUGAUGACUACCAUUAAAAAAUACCAGAAAGGUUUCUCUGAUAAACUGGAUUUCCUUGAGGGAGACCAGAAACCUGUUGCACGGAACCCGAAGGAGAGCGCUAAAGGCCAGCAGCUGAAGAAGGGUCCCAGUGCCAAACGACGCUACAAAAAUCAAAAGUUUGGUUAUGGUGGCAAGAAAAAAGGUUCUAAGUGGAACACACGUGAGAGUUAUGAUGAUGUAUCGAGCUUCCGGGCCAAGAAAGCUCAUGGCAAAGGCAUUAAGAGACCUGGGAAGAAAGGAUCUAAUAAGAGACCUGGAAAAAGAACAAGAGAGAAAAUGAAGAACAGAGCACGCUGAGUUUGACACCUAUCAUGGCAAGUGUUGUCAGGAGCCUUCAAGGAUCUUCCAUCAUGUAGUGACCCUGUCAGCGUGAUGGCAACUGGAUAU